AUGGCAUUUUCUUUCACUGGUAAACUGUGGGUCGUGAUUAUUGUCAUUUGUUUACUAGACACAAUCGAGCUCAUCGAUGGACAAUCGCCUUUCAUUAAACCGAAAAAACGACGUUAUAAAUUGAUUCCGUUUUAUUAUGGUAGCAUAAAAAUUAACGAUCUUAAUAAACCUGCUCUCAUUCAAGAUCUCUCACUACUAAGCCAUGUGUUGAAUAAUACGGCAGAUACCGUCUUUGGUGCCAAGGAUAUAGCCCGCGAUUUAUUGACAUUUUUCGCCGAUUUGGAUCAAAUUAUGAUGUCAGCAUACUUUCCUUUAUUUGAAAGGAAGGGAUGA